UGGAAGUUCUCUGUUUUAUAAAUAAAUUAAUACAAGCUUUUUCUUUUGUAAAAAUAUAAAUACAAGCUUUUGUGAGAUCUAUUCACAUGCAUUUACAAUCUCAUCAGCUUAUCUAUUCAAUUCCUAUGCCUCACUCUCUUCCAAUCACAGAACCUUUGGCCCAGAGCAAACCGGAACACAUCCAUGGCUGCUGACCGAUGAUUUUAUUUGGAUUGAUCUCAUCAGCUUUUCUUUUCAAUUCCUAUGCCUCACUCUAUUUCAAUCACAGAAUCUUCGGCCCAGAGCAAACCGGAACACAUCCAUGGCUGCUGACCUAUGAUUUUAUUUGGAUUGAUUCCUUUUCGUUCAAUUUCGAGAUCUAACGGAGGAAACAGUCUAAAACCUUAACAGUCUUCUGUCGGAAAAAAAAUUGAGUUCUAUUUCGUCGGCCAAAAAGAAGAAGAUGGUCGAGAAUUCAAAGAAUCGUCAGGAAUUACGUAUCUCCAUCGAUGUUCUUCCUCGGAACAGCUCCGACUUAUUCGACGAAGAUGGCCGUGUCAAGCGAACCGGUUAAAUAAUUUUACGGUGUGCUUUGAUUGGGUUCAGGGACUGUGUGGACAGCAAGUGCACAUAUUAUAACAGCAGUUAUUGGAUCGGGAGUGUUGUCUCUGGCAUGGGCUGUUGCUCAGAUUGGUUGGGUGGGUGGUCCAGUAGUUAUGAUACUCUUCUCCCUCGUCACUUAUUACACUUCUAUUCUCCUCUGUGCUUGUUACCGUUCAGGCGACUCUGUCACCGGCAAGAGAAACUACACUUACAUGGAUGCUAUCCACUCUAACCUCGGUGGUAUUAAGGUGAAAUUAUGUGGAGUUGUGCAGUAUGUUAAUCUCUUUGGUACUGCAAUUGGUUACACUAUUGCAUCAGCUAUAAGCAUGAUAGCAAUCCAACGGACAAGUUGCCAGCAAAGUAAUGGGGAUAAAGAUCCAUGUCAUGUGAAUGGAAAUCCUUACAUGAUUGCGUUCGGUGCAAUACAAAUCAUAUUCUCUCAGAUUCCGGAUUUUGAUCAGUUGUGGUGGCUAUCCAUUGUGGCUGCAGUCAUGUCUUUUGGUUACUCCACCAUUGGUCUUGGUCUUGGCAUCUCAAGAAUGGUAGAUAACAAAGAAAUCAAAGGCACUCUCACUGGAGUCACCAUUGGGACAGUGACACCCACCGAGAAAGUCUGGAGAACUUUUCAGUCUCUCGGGAACAUUGCGUUUGCCUACUCUUACUCCAUGAUUCUCAUCGAGAUUCAGGACACGCUAAAAGCCCCGCCUGCAGAAGAAAAGACGAUGAGGAAAGCGACUCUCAUAAGUGUGGCAGUGACGACGCUCUUCUACAUGCUCUGUGGCUGCGUAGGGUAUGCAGCAUUCGGCGAUUCCGCGCCAGGAAAUCUCCUCGCUGCUGGAGGGUUCAGAAACCCGUAUUGGUUGCUUGACAUAGCCAAUCUCGCCAUAGUGAUUCAUUUAGUUGGAGCUUACCAAGUCUAUUGCCAACCACUCUUUGCUUUCGUCGAGAAAGAAGCUUCAAAGAGGUAUCCAGAGAGUAAGUUCAUCACAAAGGAGACAAAGAUCCACAUCUUUCCGGGGUCCAAACCUUUCAAUUUGAAUCUCUUUAGGCUUGUGUGGAGGACGGUUUUUGUGAUUACAACAACGUUGAUCUCAAUGAUAAUGCCUUUCUUUAACGACGUGCUUGGUCUCUUGGGGGCCAUUGGUUUUUGGCCUCUAACGGUUUAUUUCCCGGUGGAAAUGUAUAUUGUACAGAAGAAUGUGCCUAGAUGGAGCACAAGAUGGGUUUGUCUUCAAGUCUUGAGUUUGGCUUGUCUUGUUGUGUCUGUAGCGGCCGCAGCAGGAUCUGUUGUUGGGAUUAUCACUGAUCUCAAGAGUUACAAACCUUUCAAGACGGACUUCUGAGAGCCGCCUACGGAAAAAAAUAAACUCUUGCAAUGGGGGAAGAAAUUAGAAUUAUAUGUUGUAACGUGAUCACUAUUGGGCAAUUAUCUCGGAUAGAUUUUUUUUUUA